CUCGCAGGAAUCGUCAUCCUCACCCGUCAUGGUGACCGUCAAGGAUUCUAUCAAUCUCCAACGACGUAUAGUGCAAGUCAAACCAAUUUGACAGUACUUGGCUAUUUACAAGAAUAUCAAAAUGGUCAAGAUUUACGUUCGACCUAUUUGACAGGAACACAAAAACCAAUUUCAGGAAUUGCCGUAGAUACUGCCCAAGAUGCACAAAUGUCCGUCGAGGCAGACGGUGCAGGUGAAGGUGAAGUGAUUAUCGAUUCUGCAAACGCUUUAUUGCAAGGUCUUUAUCCUCCAUUCAACGAUACAAUCACCUUGGCAAACAGUACAGCCGUAAGCUGGGAUAGAGCGCAAUUGAUCCGCGUUAAUACAAUCGAAGAAGAUGAAAUUUCUUUGGAAGGUUGGACUGAUUGCAAUACAUGGACAACACGUUUGAACGAUUGGUACAACAGUAGCGAAUUCGUCGCCCAAUCAAAGAUUGCCAAUCCUUUUUUUGCCUCACUUAAAAACGUACUUGGCAAUCGUCCCGCAACAUUGACAAACGCAUGGAACUUAUUUGAUUUCUUGAACGUCAACUAUAUUCAUAAUGCAACAAUUAUGAAUGAGAUCACUCCUGAUCAACUGGCACAAGCUCGUUAUUGGGCAAAUUAUCAUGAGUCAGGCAGCUUUGCCGAUUCCAACCCAAGUAACAUCGGUAACGUAGCCGGUCAAACUAUGCUUCCAGGAUUGAUGUCAGAUAUUCAACAAAUUGCAAAUGCAAGUAACCCUCUCAAGAUUGCAUAUACUGCAAUUUCUUAUAAGCCUUUCUUGAGUUUAUUCUCAAUUUGGCAAAGCGGUGAAGCUUUAAGUUCAAACAUUGUGGAAUAUGCUAGUGCUUUGGUUAUCGAAGUUCAUACAGAUAAUACGCUCAACUUUGUCUUCCGCAAUGGUACUCAAGGUGACUUUGAGCCUUUUUCAGUCUUGGGCAGCAGUCAAAACCUUCCAAUCAGUACAUUUAUGACUGAAAUGGAAAAGUAUCAAUUACUAACUUUGGCUUCUUGGUGCGAUGCUUGUUCGACAACUGAAGAGCGUGGCUGUAGCACUCUUGCUGCUUUAAACGGUACCGGUGGUGCAGGAUAUGCAAGCAUAGAUAGUACGAUGGGUUAUCAUAGGGUCUCUCCUGUUGUAGCAGGUGUGAUUGGAGCAAUGGUCACUUUGGCAGUCGUUGUAAUU